AUGCUCCCAAAGGCCCUCGCAGCCUCCCUGGUGAGCGCUCUUCUGCUCACACCUACGCAUGGAUAUAUCCCUACGAAACGAUCGCACACGCCGUCGCAAUCGUCGUCAGCCAGUGUGCGGCCAAGUUCGACUGCUGUGCCUGGGACACAGACAGGUACAGCUACGAGCACAGGUAUAAGCACAGGGACAACAGGGACGGGCUCUACAUCGGUGAUUCCGUCGGUUUCCACUAGAACUGGUAGCACUCGUCCCUCGUCGACGCCGGGAAUCCCUUCAGCAACAACAGGAACAACUACAGGAACAACUACAGGAACAACUACAGGAACAACUACAGGAACAACUACAGGAACGGACACUGGCCCUGACACUACCGGCACUGGAACGAAUACUGGCAGUACUCGUCCAUCUUCAACUCCAGUAGUGUCUUUGACAACGACUGGGACUGGGACAGGCACAGGUACUGGUGUAAAUACUGGUACAGCUACUGGUACAGCUACAGGAACAGGAACAGGAACAGGCACAGCGACAGGCACAGGUACUGGAACUGGAACUGGAACUGGCACUGGCACUGGCACUGGUACCGGUACAACGACAACCACUGCAACAGGUACUGGUACCGAUACAACGACAGGUACAGGUACAGGUACAGGUACAGGAACAGAAACAGGCACUGGUACUGGUACUGGUACCGGUACAACCGGAACGACUGCUGUCACCACCGGAACAACUGGCACUGGCACAACUACCGGUAUAACUGGUACUACAACUGGUACUACAACUGGCACUACUACUGCUCCUACAACUGCUAUAACCACCCCGGCCUACCUGCUUUCCUCCUUUAUCAUCUCCGACUCCAUCACCGUCCCUGCUCAGACAAGCACCGCGUCAGGCACUUUUAGCACAACCACGCUGUCAGCCACGGGGCCGCCCAAUUCGUACUCAGCCACCACCACUACCGGAUCUGACCACCACCCAACCAUCCUGCCGGUCUGGUUCAACAGCAAGGGUCACCCUGUGAUCGUGUUCCCGCUCUCUCUGUCCGGCCCUCCUGGCAUUAUCCCGCCUCCGCCGGGAUUUCCCACGCUCGAUAUCGGACCGGAUGGGAACCCAACACCGGACCCAAACAACAAGCCGUCCAACUCGCCGACGGAUACACAGCCUUCACAGACGGAUACGCAAACUACCAAGUUCACAGGUACUACUACGGGCACUACUACUACGACUGGUACUACUACAACUGGCACUACUACGACUGCUUCUACAACAACCUCAACAUCAACAUCAGGCUCGACGACGUAUCUCAUCGUCCCCACCGACUCCGCCUCAUCUAGUGAUCGUGACUCGUUCCAAUCUACUCUCGAAGACCAGGUCGGCAAGUCCAACGUACAAGCUUCCGCCGACGACGAGAAUGGUGUUGGGUUCUGGAGAGCGCCGCUUAACUCGACCCAGGUGGAAGACUUUUCCGGAAACUCUAUCAUCAGCUACAUCGCCCCGGAUACAUUGCUUCCAGUUGAUGACUUUACAGACCCGACACCAGACGAUGACGAUGACGACAGUGACGUGUCCGCUCGCGCAGUCGGCGGCUCUCAUGGCUACUUUUUGAACAAAAAGAAGAAGAGGGCCGAGCCUCACUACGAAGAGCUGUCGCCUAUAGAGGAGCGGGCUGCUGUCCCUCUUGCCAAACGGGCUACGCCAACACAACAAGCAAACGCCGUGCAAGACCUGGUUGUUGUCUCCCAGGCGAAGAACACCAUUAUCGAGCUACUACCUGACAUCUACCAGUAUGAUCCUACAGCUGGAAAGGGCAUCACUGUGUAUAUUGUCGAUAGCGGAGCCACCACGUCAAACUCAGAGUACAGCGGAAUGCCCGGAAGCAAGCGCUGGCUGUAUCCCGGUUUCGGUUCUACGCCAGACCACGACCAGGAUGACAAGAUAGGCCAUGGAACUUGCGUGCUGUCCAAGGCGGCUGGUCCGGAGUACGGGGUGGCCAAGAACGUCGAUGUUGUCGUCGUGAAGAUCCAGGCCGACACGAGCAACGGGUUCAGAAUUCCGUCCUCGUCCUUUAUGGACGCCCUGCUCGAGAUUCGUACAGACAUUUCGGACAAAAAGCUGCAAGGCAAAGCCGUGAUCAACUUCUCCUUUGGCAUCGAGCUAGAAGACUCGGACAAAAACAAAGACACAAUAAAGCGGCUCCUCCAAGAGAUAAAUGGCAUGGACGUGCCCAUGACCGUGGCAUCCGGGAACAGUGCACGAGAAAGUAACCGCAAAAAUGUCGAUCGGUAUCCGGGGCUGUUUGCCAACGACAUUGACGGCCUCAUCGUUGUGGGCGCCGUCGACAACGUUGGUAACACUGCUACUUUCUCCCAAGGUGGCUCGCUUCUGCAUGUGUCUGCUCCAGGCAACAAGAUCACCUGCGCCGACAGCACUGGCGGGUCCAAGAUUGGCUCUGGCACGUCCUACGCGGCACCGCAGGUCGCUGGGCUGAUUGCGUAUUUCAUGUCUCUGCCCGGAAAUGGGCUGGGGUCGAUUGGCUCGGGCCAAAUUCCGGGCAAUGUCAAGAAAUUGCUGAUCAACUCGGCCUCGUAUCCACGCAAGUCCGGCGGCGAUAAUGUUAUUUGGAAUAUGCAAAGUGUGGACUGCGGUUCUGGCACGAACAAGCGUGAUGGCUCGGGCUCUUGCUCGAUCACGACGUCGAUCAGUGGUGUGACUGAGACUACAACUGCUACUUCUACUGGUUCUACGCAGACAUCUACUGGUACGACAUCCGUCAGUACGUCUGUCAGCACGUCUGCCAGCACUGGUGUGUCCUCGACCAGCUUACCGACUGUUAUAUCGACAACACUGGCAACAACAACAAGCCAGCCUCCAACGACCACAGCUGCAACCACAACCACAGCCUCAGCCACCAGCCUCCCAGCCUCACUCACUUGCGUAUCUUCUGAUGACCCUUCAGUCCCUACUGGUCUGCCCCAAUCCACUAUGCAAAAGGACGUCGACAACUUUUGCAAAUCCAUUGACGAAGACUACAGCAGCCACGUCGACUGUGACAACAAAAAUCACGGCGGCUACAUGCUUGCCGACAGCAGCGUGUGCGACCUGACCAUCUACUCUCUUUCUCUACAAUAUUAUGAGACGGGUGCGACGCUCUGGUUCAAUAUUUCGCUUGCCGAGGGUAGUGCGUAUGUGAUAAACAGCACUCUGUGCAGCACGGCCAUGAACGAGGUGCUGAAUGGCUGCCCGCCGUUUGAGGCAGACAGUUCCGGUAAUUUGAUCAAGUAUGGCGGAUCGGUGUUGUUGAAUAAUGGGACAGGGGGCGCCGCGGAAUAUGCGAUGGUGUUGGAGAGUACUGAGGCGAUCAGUUGA